AUGGUAGCGUCCGCUUUCGGCCGCGCCUGCUUCCAGGCGUUGGCGAGGGCAAGCACCAGCUCGACCAAUUCAGCAUUCGCCUCUUCUUCGAGAAUCACAGCAGCCACCGCUGUACGCUCCCUUCACGCCGUCUCUUCCACCACCCAGGUCAGCAGCGCACCUCUUCUGCCUCCCGCAAACAAGCACACAUCGUCUACGCCGCUCAAGGUCACGCGCAAGGAACGUAGAACAGCCAUGAAGAAACAGCGCAAAGAAGCCAAGCGUCGCGUGGCCGAAUCGUCCGUCUCUGUGCGUUUGGGCGUAUCGACCGCCAACACAUCGCCGUUCGUGCGCAAGGAUCGACAGUUCAAGACGUACAAGCCCAUCACUCGCUCCAUCCGGUGGUUGAGGCAGCCGCUCAACGAGCACCUUCACCAAGGCGGACCCGUACGAUCGCUCACGAUUGCCAAGCGUAGUACCGCUGGAAGGAAUCAUCAUGGACACGUCACGGUGCGUGGUAGGGGUGGUGGACACAGACGCAGGAUCAGGUUGGUAGAUUUCUACCGAUGGGAAUCGGGCGAGCAGGAGGUGUUGCGGAUCGAGUAUGACCCGGGACGAAGCGCACACAUUGCGUUGGUGGAGCACAAGCAGUCGAAGAAGCAGAGCUACAUCUUGGCACCCGAUGGGUUGAGAGCGGGCGACACGGUACAGAGCUACCGACAAGGUAUUCAUGGUGACGCUGCGGCUGCAGCUACCACCACCAGCAGUGUAGUGGACGAGAUCGUUUCGCCCGAAGGCAAUACCCUGUCGACCGAUCCUGCUGCCCCUCAGACCGCCUCUGCACAAGGCGCUUCCUCCGGCGCAUCCAGCUCUUCGCUCGAUCUGGGUAUCUUCCGAACCCAGGCUAUCCGGCCGGGAAACUUCUUGCCUCUCAACCUCAUCCCCAUCGGCACGACCAUCCACUCGAUCACGAUGCACCCGCUGGGACCUGCCAAGAUGGUACGCUCGGCGGGCACGUUCGGACAGCUCGUCGCGUUCUCGGCCCGAAGCGGUGCCGGCGAAUCGCACGCGCAGGUGCGCCUGCAGAGCGGCGAAGUCCGCCUGAUCCCGAGCAACUGCUGUGCCGCCAUCGGAACGGUGAGCAACAAGGACCACCAGCAUCGAAGGCUGGGCAAAGCAGAAGGUUUCUGGCGUCAUGACCAGAGAAAUGAACGUGCGGUCCGCUUUUGUGGAGCCGCCAUGGCCCUCAAGUCAGGAGGCAAGUGCGCAUCCGACUGGGUGAACAUUGUUCGGGGCAGAGCGACAAGCAGUUGUGUGCCGUCGCUAGUGUCGCCCUUGCCGUGCUGGCAGAAGCUAGAGAAGCUGACCUCCUCGGUUUGGUGCAAGCGAGGAAUUCUUGAGAUGCAGAUCGCACACACCCUUGGAAAAUAA